UCUUUUAUUUUUGUUAAUGUUUGCUUAGAUUUAUUUACGUUGUUACUGUAUUCUUUGUUUAUCAUUCUUUGUCACAUAUCAGAUCUUCCAUAAACUAUUAUUUUGCUUCAUAAAUUCAUUCUCAAGAAGUUCCUUUGGUUACAGUCAGUGGUGGGAAGUUUUUCAAUUUUUAUUUUGAACAGUCUAGCUUGGACUACUUUACCAUAAAUCUUUAACCUGGAAAUACUCAGGCUACACAAUUAGUAUAAAUUCUAGUCCUACAUCCAUCUGAAGUCUGGCCGAAUCAUGAAUUCUUACAGAAAGUUUUUGUUGUAAGUUUACCAGCCUGAGUCAGGACUGAAAAAGGCAAAUAUAUUUAUGUUUCUUGUGGAAGAGUAGGGGUGAGGAGUGGGAGUUGGGGCUGAGUUUCAUUUUGUGUUAGCCCACCUUUUCACUUUGCCCUGGACUACACUUUCUAUGAAGUCCCUUGGCACUUGCAAGUCCUGUUAAAGUGAAAGCUCUAGGUCGCUUAAGUCCGGUGAGGCCUCUUGAAAUGGAUAGAUACCACCAGGACAGCUACUGUUUUCAGCACUCACAUAUCCUUCUUGAUUUUUUUGUCUGUGUUACAGGAAAGACAUCUUGAUCCAGACCCCAAAAGAGGGUUCUUGGACCUCUUGCAAGAAAGAAUUCAGGAUGAAUCCAUAAAGUGAAAUCAAGUUUAUUAGGAAAGUAAAGGAAUAAAGAAUGGCUACUCUAUAGGCAGAGCAGCAGCAUAGGCGGCUUGACUGAGUAUACUUACAGUUAUUUCUCCAUUAUAUGCCAAACAAGGGUAGAUUAUUCAUGAGUUUUCAGGGAAAGGGGCAGAGAUUUCCUGGAACUGAGUGUCCCUCCCCUUUUUAGACUAUAUAGGUUAACUUCUGGAUGUUGCUACGGCAUUUGUAAACUGUCAUGGCACUGGUGGUAGUGUCUUUUAGCAUGCUAAUACAUUAAAAUUUACAAAUAAUGAGCAGUGAGGACCACCAGUGGUCACUUUCAUGGCCAUCUUGGUUUUGGUAGGUUUUGGCUGGCUUCUUUACAGUAUCCUGUUUUAUCAGCACAGUCUUUGUGACCUAUAUCUUGUGCCAACCGACCUCCUACCUCAUCGUAUGACUAAGAAGGUCUCACCUCCUGGGAAUUCAGCCCAGCAGGUCUCAGCCUUAUUUUACCCAGCCCCUAUUCAAGAUGGAGUUGCUCUGGUCCAAAUGCCUCUGACAGCUCUCUUUGUUUUUGGCUUCUAAGGUUUUCCUUUACUUGCCUGCUGGCUCUAUGGUGCAUAUAAAAACGCACUAUAGCAUUUUUAAAGGACUUAAAAAAAAUUCAUCAAGCAUUUGUGUCACACACAGUGGUUUUUAAGGAUCUAUUCUGCAAACUGCUAGAACCAAUGCAUUCCAUUCUUAAUAACUUAUGUAUGGCCACCAGGAGGACUACUUUCUCCUCCAUUCCUAUAAGUAGCCAAACUGAGUGAUCUUGGACCACCUCAGUAAGCCUCAGUUGUCUAAAUUUACUUACUGUAAAUAGUUGGGGACUCUUUAAGAUCCCUUAAAAAAAUUAUCUCAAACUUGCAUAAACUUCUGGGAGGAGAUUUAGCAUUCUUGAUUUAAAAACAAACAACAACAACAAAAAUCCUAAGUUUCUAACGAACUUUAAUGAAAUCAAGAUAUUGUAAGGCAGGUGUGAGUAGUCCAAGCUACUCAAGAGGCUGAGGCUGAAGGAUCGCUUGAGCCCAGAGUCAGAGACCAGCCUGGGCAACACAGUCAGACCCUCAUCUAAACAAAAAAACAAACAAACAACAACAACAACAAAAAACAGAAAGAAAAGAGAAAAAGAAAAAAAUAUUUGUUCUGGGAAACCAGUUACCAAUCCAUACUGUCGACUAUCAGCUGAAAGUCAGAGUCUAAAAAUAACUCUAAGUAGGCAUUCUUUUUUCUUUUGUCAUACUUUCUAAGUAAAUCCUUUUUUUUCCUUUAAAAUGUCCUCACCGCCAGGCAUGGUGGCUAACACCUGUAAUUCCAGCACUUGGGAGACCGAGGUGUGUGGAUCACUUGAGGCCAGGAGUUCGAGACCAGCCUGGCCAACAUGGAGAAACCCCUGAAACUAAAAGUACACACACACACACACACACAUACACAUACAAAAUUAGCUGGGUGUGGUGGUGCGCGCCUGUAUUUCCAGUUGCUCAGGAGGCUGAGGCAGGAGAAUCGCUUGAACCCAGGAGGCAGAGAUCACACCACUGCACUCCAGCCUGGGCGACAGCGUAAGACUCCGUAGGAAAAAAAAAAUUCCAGUUGAGAUGCUUUCCAGGGCGCUAGUCAAGCCCCGUAUGCUUAUUUGUGGGAGUGAAAACGCCAGUAUUUCGGGAUUGUUGUGAGGACUAAAUAGUGUCUGUAAGAUGCACAGAGAAAGCAUAAAUAGACGUGAAUAGCACUUGUUAGGUCUACACACUCCAUUUUUCCUCUAUAUUAAUCUAAUUAUUUAAAGAUUGGUUAGCUUUUUGGGGAAAUGUCUCUCCAUUGUAUUCCACUUAUUAGGAUGAACUACCUUUUCUCCUUGCCUUUCGGCUUUCUCUGCUAUGAAAAAGAUGGAAAAUUUUUUAGUACAAGGGGACUCCUCUCAAGCAGUAAAUCAUUUUGAUAUUAAAAACAGAUAAUUGCAAACCCAGUUUUAUUUCAGUAUGAAUUCCGCAGUGGAGUGUGAAUAUGUGUGUGUAUGUGUGUGUGUGUGUGUGAUUACGUGUGAUUCAAAAGAGGAAAGGGAUCAGUAUUAAAGGUACUUGUAUACUGGAAGCAAAAAGAAAAAAGGAAGUUUAGUUCCUCUGAGCUCCUUGGCAAUUAUAGCUGCUAAAGGUUGCUUUUACAAAGAAACUGCCUUUGUGCCAAAAGUAUUUAUUUCCUUGUUUGUAUUUACCCCUUUGAGGAGGAAUCGCUGUGUCUUGAGUGAAAGAGGUGCGCUGCUUGCCUGCAUUAAACUGUGAGGGUCCAGGCGCAUUACGGCUGAUUUCAGUAGGUAGAGCAGACACACUCUCUUUAUUUUCUCUUAUUUUUCUCUUUCUCACUCCCCACCCUCAACCUCCGAUGUACACACGUUUUAAGAUUCCCUGAAGUCAGGAGGUGGGAGCGGAGAGUUUCAGUACAGAUCUUGACAUCAGAGUACUCCGACCAAGAAAAAGAAAGGAAAGAAAGAGGGAAGCGGGGUGGAGAAAGCAGGAGCAAGGAAGGAAAGAAGGAAACGAGGAGGGAGAGUAAGAAAAAAGAAAACGAAGGAGGGAGGGAGAGAGGAAAUUUAAAUGAAGAAGGAAGGAAGCUUGGAUUCAGGGAGGAAAGGGAGCGAGACAGAGAGCGAAAGAAGAGCGUGAGAAGAGGCAAGCAUUACAGUCUCCGGUCCACAGGGGAGAGAUGGAGCCUUCAUCAGCACAAGAGAAUUCCGAAGAGCCAGUGUAUUGUUUUCUUGAAAGCCCCGAAGCUAAGCAAUUCCAGAAAUGUUUACCAAAGCCCUUUUGGGAAUGGUGAGAUGGGGGGUGGGGAGGAUAGGACAUUCUCAUUGCCACCGCCCGCCCCCCGUCUCCCCGGCCCCCUCACACGAAGUGACUGGAUUUGGGAGACCUAGCGGAAACCUUCAGGUCACCCAGGGAACUGCUCCUCUCGCUGGUCCUGCAGCGGCGAGGCGGGGUGGGGGGGUGGAGGGGCCUUGAGAGCGCCGAGACGCGCGGGGCGCGGAGAUGUGCAAGUGGCGAAGCUUGACCGAGCGCAGGCUGGAGCAGCCGCCCAACUCCUGGUGCGGGAUCUGCUGAGGGGUCACGGUGAGUCUCUGCGGAUGCGGGUCGGAGGGAUGCCCAGGUGCCUCGUCGCCCCCCGGCCCGGGCGGAGGCGGGUCCGGAACCUCCCCCAAGUCCGGCCUCAGCCUGGAGCCCGCGCGCCUUGGGCUGAUGCACCGACUGAGCGGCGCUCGGCGGGGCUCCCAGCCCGCCACUGCCACCCGGCCCCGUGCGCUCAUUGGUCGGGAUGUGUCGGCUCAGCAACCUCCAACUUCUCCCGAAUCCCACUGAUUUUAGGUGAUGGGCAAAUCAGAAAGUCAGAUGGAUAUAACUGAUAUCAACACUCCAAAGCCAAAGAAGAAACAGCGAUGGACCCCGCUGGAGAUCAGCCUCUCGGUCCUUGUCCUGCUCCUCACCAUCAUAGCUGUGACAAUGAUCGCACUCUAUGCAACCUACGAUGAUGGUAUUUGCAAGUCAUCAGACUGCAUAAAAUCAGCUGCUCGACUGAUCCAAAACAUGGAUGCCACCGCUGAGCCUUGUACAGACUUUUUCAAAUAUGCCUGCGGAGGCUGGUUGAAACGCAAUGUCAUUCCCGAGACCAGCUCCCGUUAUGGCAACUUUGACAUUUUAAGAGAUGAACUAGAAGUCGUUUUGAAAGAUGUCCUUCAAGAACCCAAAACUGAAGAUAUAGUAGCAGUGCAGAAAGCAAAAACAUUGUACAGGUCUUGUAUAAAUGAAUCUGCUAUUGAUAGCAGAGGUGGAGAACCUCUACUCAAACUGUUACCAGACGUAUAUGGGUGGCCAGUAGCAACAGAAAACUGGGAGCAAAAAUAUGGUGCUUCUUGGACAGCUGAAAAAGCUAUUGCACAACUGAAUUCUAAAUAUGGGAAAAAAGUCCUCAUUAAUUUGUUUGUUGGCACUGAUGAUAAGAAUUCUGUGAAUCAUGUAAUUCAUAUUGACCAACCUAGACUUGGCCUCCCUUCUAGAGAUUACUAUGAAUGCACUGGAAUCUAUAAAGAGGCUUGUACAGCGUAUGUGGAUUUUAUGAUUUCUGUGGCCAGAUUGAUUCGUCAGGAAGAAAGAUUGCCCAUCGAUGAAAACCAGCUUGCUUUGGAAAUGAAUAAAGUUAUGGAAUUGGAAAAAGAAAUUGCCAAUGCUACGGCUAAACCUGAAGAUCGAAAUGAUCCAAUGCUUCUUUAUAAAAAGAUGACACUGGCCCAGAUCCAAAAUAACUUUUCACUAGAGAUCAAUGGGAAGCCAUUCAGCUGGUUGAAUUUCACAAAUGAAAUCAUGUCAACUGUGAAUAUUAGUAUUACAAAUGAGGAAGAUGUGGUUGUUUAUGCUCCAGAAUAUUUAACCAAACUUAAGCCCAUUCUUACCAAAUAUUCUGCCAGAGAUCUUCAAAAUUUAAUGUCCUGGAGAUUCAUAAUGGAUCUUGUAAGCAGCCUCAGCCGAACCUACAAGGAGUCCAGAAAUGCUUUCCGCAAGGCCCUUUAUGGUACAACCUCAGAAACAGCAACUUGGAGACGUUGUGCAAACUAUGUCAAUGGGAAUAUGGAAAAUGCUGUGGGGAGGCUUUAUGUGGAAGCAGCAUUUGCUGGAGAGAGUAAACACGUGGUCGAGGAUUUGAUUGCACAGAUCCGAGAAGUUUUUAUUCAGACUUUAGAUGACCUCACUUGGAUGGAUGCCGAGACAAAAAAGAGAGCUGAAGAAAAGGCCUUAGCAAUUAAAGAAAGGAUCGGCUAUCCUGAUGACAUUGUUUCAAAUGAUAACAAACUGAAUAAUGAGUACCUUGAGUUGAACUACAAAGAAGAUGAAUACUUCGAGAACAUAAUUCAAAAUUUGAAAUUCAGCCAAAGUAAACAACUGAAGAAGCUCCGAGAAAAGGUGGACAAAGACGAGUGGAUAAGUGGAGCAGCUGUAGUCAAUGCAUUUUACUCUUCAGGAAGAAAUCAGAUAGUCUUCCCAGCCGGCAUUCUGCAGCCCCCCUUCUUUAGUGCCCAGCAGUCCAACUCAUUGAACUAUGGGGGCAUCGGCAUGGUCAUAGGACACGAAAUCACCCAUGGCUUCGAUGACAAUGGCAGAAACUUUAACAAAGAUGGAGACCUCGUUGACUGGUGGACUCAACAGUCUGCAAGUAACUUUAAGGAGCAAUCCCAGUGCAUGGUGUAUCAGUAUGGAAACUUUUCCUGGGACCUGGCAGGUGGACAGCACCUCAAUGGAAUUAAUACACUGGGAGAAAACAUUGCUGAUAAUGGAGGUCUUGGUCAAGCAUACAGAGCCUAUCAGAAUUAUAUCAAAAAGAAUGGUGAAGAAAAAUUACUUCCUGGACUUGACCUAAAUCACAAACAACUAUUUUUCUUGAACUUUGCACAGGUGUGGUGUGGAACCUAUAGGCCAGAGUAUGCAGUUAACUCCAUUAAAACAGAUGUGCACAGUCCAGGCAAUUUCAGGAUUAUUGGGACUUUGCAGAACUCUGCAGAGUUUUCAGAAGCCUUUCACUGCCGCAAGAAUUCAUACAUGAAUCCAGAAAAGAAGUGCCGGGUUUGGUGAUCUUCAAAAGAAGCAGUGCAGCCCUUGGCUAGACUUGCCAACACCACAGAAACGGGGAAUUCUCUAAUUGAAAGAAAACGGGCCUAGGGGUCACUGUACUGACUUGGGGGUGAUUAACAGAGAGGGCACCAUCACAAUACAGAUAACAUUAGGUUGUUCUAGAAAGGGUGUGCAGGGAGGAACGGGGUCUAAUGUCUAUCAAGUCAAUCACUUCUCACUGUGUACAUAAUGCUUAAUUUCUAAAGAUAUUAUUACUGUUUAUUUCUGUUUCUCAUAUGGUCUACCAGUUUGCUGAUGUCCCUAGAAAACAAUGCAAAACCUUUGAGGUAGACCAGGAUUUCUAAUCAAAAGGGAAAAGAAGAUGUUGAAGAAUACAGUUAGGCACCAGAAGAACAGUAGGUGACACUAUAGUUUAAAACACAUUGCCUAACUACUAGUUUUUACUUUUAUUUGCAACAUUUACAGUCCUUCAAAAUCCUUCCAAAGAAUUCUUAUACACAUUGGGGCCUUGGAGCUUACAUAGUUUUAAACUCAUUUUUGCCAUUCAUCAGUUAUUCAUUCUGUGAUCAUUUAUUUUAAGCACUCUUAAAGCAAAAAAUGAAUGUCUAAAAUUGUUUUUUGUUGUACCUGCUUUGACUGAUGCUGAGAUUCUUAAGGCUUCCUGCAAUUUUCUAAGCAAUUUCUUGCUUUAUCUCUCAAAACUUGGUAUUUUUAAGAGAUUUAUAUAAAUGUAAAAAUAAUAAUUUUUAUAUUUAAUUAUUAACUACAUUUAUGAGUAACUAUUAUUAUAGGUAAUCAAUGAAUAUUGAAGUUUCAGCUUAAAAUAAACAGUUGUGAACCAAGAUCUGUAAAGUGAUAUACAGAUGAAAAUUUGAGACUAUUUAAACUUAUAAAUCAUAUUGAUGAAAAGAUUUAAGCACAAACUUUAAGGUAAAAAUUGCCAUUGGACAGUUGUCUAGAGAUAUAUAUACUUGUGGUUUUCAAAUUGGACUUUCAAAAUUAAAUCUGUCCCUAAGAGUGUCUCUGAUAAAAGGGCAAAUCUGCACCUAUGUAGCUCUGCGUCUCCUGUCUUUUCAGGUUUGUCAUCAGAUGGAAAUAUUUUGAUAAUAAAUUGAAAUUGUGAACUCA